AUGCAGACCGAGCGCGGGUGGCGUCCUGCAGUUGUCACCACUUCACGCACUGAGCCACGCUCCUACAACAUCGUGACGUCUUCAGGUCAACAGUACAGACGCAACAGGAGACAUCUGAGGAAGACACCUAAUGACAUCCAGGCCUCCAGUCCCAAGCUCACCACACACUGCUCUGACAUUCAGGAAGUGCGUCGCUGCAGCCAGCUGGAGAUGCCCGACAACUUGAACACCUUCGUAAUAAAGAUUAGCAGAGGGAGCCUGAUCUUUGAGACGGACAAUGAGCAGCAGGUGAGCUCUUGGACCACAGAGCUCAGAGAGUGCAUCAGCAACAGCAGGCCGAGCAGCGUGGAUCUGGAGCCCCUCUCCUCUUCAGCCGACAACUCGGAGUUAGGAAGCCACGCUCCCAUCACCUUCAGCGUGCCAGAGCCGCUGCCCCAGAGCGCAGAGCACUUCCUCUUCUCGUUCCCCUGGUUUCACGGACCCAUCUCCAGGGUCAAAGCCGCUCACCUGGUGCAGAGCUCUGGACCCGAGGGCCACGGGGUGUUUCUGGUCCGACAGAGCGAGACGCGGAGAGGAGACUAUGUGCUCACGUUCAACUACCAGGGGAAAGCUAAGCACCUGCGUCUGUCGCUGACGGAGUGGGGCCAGUGCCGUGUGCAGCACCUGCGCUUCCCGUCUGUGGUGGACAUGCUCAGUCACUUCCGCCUGUCCCCCAUCCCGCUGGAGUGUGGGGCCGCGGGGGCCGUGCUGCUCUCCCGUUAUGUGGUGGCUGGCUCCGCCCCUCCAGCACAAGGUCAGCUGCCGGUGGCCAUCUUGGCUCCCUUCUCGCUGCACCGAUGGAGCUCAGAGCCCAGUCUGGCCUCAGGCAGCUGCAGUGUGAGGCCUGUCCCGCCGUCAGAGAACCAGCCCGCUCCUCCAGACGUCCCUCGCACCCGUGCGCCGCUGCCCGCGCUCCCCGCUGUGCCCCUGCGCCGCAGCGAGUCCGUGGGGCCGCGCCCCCUGCCCCACAGACACUCAGACUACGAGCUGGAGCCGAUGCGAGGACGAAAGCGCGCCAUCGACAACCAGUACAUGUGCCUAUGA